AUGCCUGGAUCCUCGGGAGGCGGCUUCCGGACGGUGCCUCCGGGCCGCCCUACGCCCCAGCAGAGCAUGUCUGGGCUGGACCUGGAGGAGCUGGCCGAAAUAGAGCUGCAGAGAGAUGAGGAGGAGGCCGCUGCCCUGGGUGCUGCGAGAAGGCCCUCAGCUGCACCCUCUGUGGCGCCCCCAGCUGGCCCGGACCCCGAGCUGAGCACGAACCACCCCUUCUAUGACGUGGCCCGACACGGCAUCCUGCAGGUGGCAGGGGAGGACCGCUUUGGAAGACGCGUCAUCACGUUCUGCUGCUGCCGGAUGCCCCCCUCCCACGAGCUCAACCACAGGCGUCUGCUGGAGUAUUUGAAGUACACGCUGGACCAGUACGUGGAGAGUGACUACACCAUCGUCUACUUCCACUAUGGGCUGAACAGCCAGAACAAGCCGUCCCUACGCUGGCUCCAGAGUGCCUACAAGGAGUUUGACAGGAGGUACAAGAAGAACCUGAAGGCCCUGUAUGUCGUGCACCCCACCAACUUCAUCAAAAUCCUGUGGACCAUCCUGAAGCCCCUUGUCAGUCACAAGUUUGGGAAAAAAGUCACCUAUUUCAACUAUCUGAGCGAGCUCCGUGAACACCUCAAAUAUGACCAGCUGAGCAUCCCCCGGGAGGUUCUGCGAUACGACGAGGAACUUCGGAACCUGCAUGCCGGCAGGCUGCCCGCUCCCACCAAGACGCCCCCGCCACGGCCCCCUCUGCCCACCCAGCAAUUCGGCGUCAGUCUGCAAUACCUAAAAGACAAAAAUCAAGGUGAACUCAUCCCCCCAGUGCUGAGAUACACAGUGACAUACCUGAGAGAGAAAGGACUCCACACCGAGGGCCUGUUCCGGAGAUCAGCCAGUGUCCAGACGGUCCGCGAGAUCCAGCGGCUCUACAACCAAGGGAAGCCCGUGAACUUCGAUGACUACGGGGACGUUCACCUUCCAGCCGUGAUCCUGAAGACCUUCCUGCGGGAGCUGCCCCAGCCGCUGCUGACUUUCGAGGCCUACGAGCAGAUCCUCGAGAUCACCAGUGUGGAGAGCAGCCUGCGGGUGACCUGCUGCCGCCAAAUCCUGCAGAACCUUCCAGAACACAACUACGCCGUCCUCAGCUACCUCAUGGGCUUCCUGCACGAGGUGUCCCGGGAGAGCAUCUCGAACAAAAUGAACAGCUCCAACCUGGCCUGUGUCUUCGGGCUGAAUCUGAUCUGGCCGUCCCAGGGGGCCUCCUCCCUGAGUUCCCUCGUGCCUCUGAACCUGUUCACCGAGCUGCUGAUUGAGUACUACGAUAAGGUCUUCAGCGGCCGAGAGGAGCGCGGGGCCCAGGCCGGCGAGCAGGGUGGUCCCCGCGCCAGAGGCUCCGUCCCUGACGGGGGCGCUGGGGGCGCUGCAGGAGACAGACCCGCCUCCGGCCUCGCCAGACCCCCGCUCCCUCCACGUCCCCUGACCACGGCCUGGAGACCCCUCUAG